AUGCUCGGCGCAAGUGAAGCAGGUUUGGUGAGCAGGGAGCGAGAGAAGCAGCGCACCACAACCAAUACGUCUUUUUGAACUUGCGGUGCCGAUGGGUCGAGCCCAGCGCAAGCGCGCCGCGCCGCAAGCCCAGGCAGCGCCGCCGCCGAAGGCCUCGGCCGCGAAGCGCAAGAAGGCGCAAAAGCUCCGACAAAAGGCCGACGCGCUCGAAAAGCGGGCCGCCCUUUACGCGGCGCUCGCCGACAACGGCGCGUCGGGCGACGACCUGCGCGUCGUCCGCGCGGCCGUCGCGGGCGCGCGCGCGGGCGGGACGGCGCGUCAGCGGGCCACGGCGGCGCUGCUCAAGGAGCGGCGCGGGCUCGCGCUGGACGCCGACGACGCGGACGCUUUGUACGCGCGCGGCGGCGCGAAGCGCGCGCGCCUCGACGUCGGCGGCGACGACGCGGGCGGCGGCGACGCGGCGGCCGGCGGCGGCGACGACGCCGCCGCGGCGGGCGGCGAGUCGAGCGACGACGGCUCGUCCGCGGGCGACGAAGCCGCGCCGCCGCCGCCGCCGCCGCCGCCGACCGACGUCGCCGCCGCGAUGAUGCGCCAGCUCGCCGCGUUGCAGGCGAAGCCGGCGCCGCCGGAGAAACCCAAGGAGGCGCCCGCCAGUGCCGACAUCGACGCGCCGACGGCGCGGCGGUCGGCAACGGAACCCACCGGUCGAUGCGACGCAGGCGCCCGUCCCGGAGCCCGAGCUCCCGGGCCGGACGGGCUACGUGCCCGCUCCGCUCCGGCUGCCGGACGCGCUCACGAGCACGCCCUCCGCGGCGCCGCGCGCGCCCGCCGCGCGGCCCGCGUGGAUGCCGCGGGUCCGCCGCACCGCGGCGGAGCGCGCGGCGCGGCUGCGCCUCCCGGCGUGCGGCGCCGAGCAGGAGAUCGUCGACGCGGUGCGCGGCGCGGACGUCGUCGUCCUGAGCGGCGCGACGGGCUCGGGCAAGUCGACGCAGGUGCCGCAGUUCCUCUACGAGGCCGGGCUCUGCGGGCCGCGGGGCCUGCGCGUCGUCGCCACGCAGCCGCGGCGCGUCGCCGUCGUGGCCACCGCGGAGCGCGUCGCGCGCGAGCUCGGCGCGGCCGACCCCGGCGCCGCGCGCGACGCGCUCGUCGCCUACCGGACGCGCUACGACCGCGGCGGCCUGGGGCCCGCGACGCGCCUCGUCUUCGAGACCGACGGCGUCCUGCUGCGCGAGCUCGAGCGCGACCUGCUGCUGCGGGACUACGGCGCCGCCGUCGUCGACGAGGCGCACGAGCGGUCGCUGACGACGGAUUUGCUGCUGGGGCUGCUGGGGCGGAGCGUCGCGCUGCGGCGGGCGGAGUUCGAGCGGGCGCGCGCGGCCGGGGAGCCCGACGUCCUGGCGCCGCUCAAGGUCGUCGUCAUGUCCGCGACGCUCGACGCGCGGGCGCUGUCCCGGCGGGAGCUCUGGCCCGCGCCGCCGCGCCUCGUCGAGCUCGAGGGCCGGCAGCACCCCGUGAGCGUCCACUUCGCGCGCGAGACGGUGCUGGAGGACUACGCGGGCGCGGCGCUGGAAGUCGUGAGGCGCGUGCACCGCGAGGCGGCCGACGACGGCGCGAUCCUCGUGUUCCUGACCGGGCGGCGGGAGAUCGAGGCCUUCUGCGGCGAGCUGCGUUCAGAUAGGACGCUGGACGUCCGGCCCCUCUACGCGCAGAUGGCGCUGGAGGCGCAGCGCGAGGCGUUCGCGCCGACGCGGGCGGGCCGCGCGCGCAAGGUCGUCGUGGCGACGGACGUGGCGGAGACGUCGCUCACGAUCCCCGGUGCGCGGCCCGCGUCGGGGCGCCGUCGACUCCGCCCGACCGCCCGCCCGCCCGCAGGCGUCGUCCACGUCGUCGACUGCGGCCGCGCGAAGCGGCAGGUCGUCGUCGACGCCGCGUCCGGCGCCGUCGCCCACCGCGUCGGCUGGAUCAGCCGCGCGAACGCCGACCAGCGCAGCGGCCGCGCGGGGCGCACGCGGCCGGGCCACUGCCACCGGCUCUACAGCUCGGCGGUCUACGCGGAGACGUUCGAGGCGUCGGAGAAGCCGGAGCUGCUGCGCCUGCCGGUGGUCGACGUCGUCCUCCGGGUCAAGGCGCUGGGCGUGCGCGACCCGUCCGCCUUCCCCUUCCCGGACCGCCCCCCCCCCGCGAGCGUCGAGGCGGCCUGCGAGUCGCUCGCGCGCCUGGGGGCCCUGGAACUGCGCCGGCCGUACGCGCGGGCGCCGCUCUCGGAACUCGGCAGGGCGCUGGCGUCGCUCCCCGUCGGCGCGCGCCACGCGGCGACGCUCGCCUACGCGGGCCGCGUCGCCAAGGGUCUGGCGGCCGCCAAGCGGGACGCGUUCGCCGCACUGGCCGUCGCGUGCGUCGCGGCCGCCUCCGAGCGGUCGCCGUUCCGCGACGGCGCGGCCGAGGGCGAGCGCCGGGCCUUCCGCCACCCGCUGGGCGACGCCCACGCGCGGCUGCUCGCGCUGGGCGCCUACGCCGCGGCCGCCGACCGGGCCGCGUGCUGCGCCGCGCGGGGGCUGGACGAAGGCGCGCUGGGCCGCGCGGUCCCGUCCCCGGCGUCCCGCGCGCGGGGCCGCCAGCCGACGGCCCCGUCGCCUCCGCCGCGCAGGCGCGCCUCUACGAGUCGCUCCGCCGGUCCUGCGUCAAGGCCGGCGUCUUCGCCGCCGUCCCCGCCCUCGCGGCGCUCGCGCCGGCGUCGGCCGCCGCCGACGCGCGCCUCGCCCGGUGCCUCGCGGCCGGCGGCCUCGACCGGGUCGCGCGGCUCGCGGAGCCCGCUCGGGUCGUCGAGGCGGCGCGGCGGGACGCCGCGUCGCGGGGCGAGCGCUGGGACCCGCGGUCGCUCGACGCGUACCGCCGGGACUGCGCCUACGAGCCGCUCGGCGGCGGCGGCUUCUGCUACGUCCACCCGGCCUCCGCGGCGCACGCGCGGACGCGCGCCGACCUGCCGGAGUUUGUCGUGUACGCGACCGUCUCCUCGGCGGCCGGUCGCCGGCGCCUCGAGGGCGUGACCGCGGUCGAGGGACGGCACCUGGCCCGGCUCGGGCACGGCUUCGUCGAGCUGGGCGGGCCGUGCGCGUCGCCGGAGCCGACGCUCGCGGGCGGCGUCGUGCGCGCGUUCCGGCGCGCGGCGCUGACGCGACGCGGCGAGGCGUGGGCGCUGCCGCUCGCGCGCCCCCGCGUCGACCGCCGCGCCGUCGACGCGCGGACGCGACGGUCGCGCAGGUCAGCGCGGCGCUCGACGCCUUCUCGGAGGAGGACGCGGCGGACGUCUGCGCGCGCGUGGCGCUCGCGCGCUUCGGGGGCGACGACCUGCUGGAGCCGCGCGAGCGGACGGUGCCCCUGGACGGGGCCGCGCCGACGGCGCGGGGCCUCGCGCUCCGCCGCGCGCUGCGCGGCGUCGGCGACGGAGGGCUCGUGGGGGCGCUGCGGGGCGGCGGCGCGCGGGCGGCGUUCCUGGCGUGCGUGCGGCCCUCGCGGCGCGCGGCGGCCGCGGAGCGCCUCGACGCCCCCGCGGAAUAAGUGUUUGCGCCUGGCACCCCUCCUCCCGGCCCGCGCGGGGACGGACGGGCGUGCGGUCGAGGCGGCCUAGCAAUGAAAUAAAUUAUACGUAUAAGCCUGGGCGAAAAGCGUCAAGCGCUCAUUAUUGUGUGUCCUCCGUCCUCCGAGUCGAUUUCUAAUUGAUUUAUUUCUUCAUUUAUUCAUGUAACCCCACGCGGUCGGCGGCGGACACCGUGACGUCGUUUCGCCCUCGUUCUGCAAGGAGGCGCUCUUCGCGCCCGGAAGUCGAGCCAUGGCAAUGGAUCAUCCGAGUCCACUAGGCAAUUCCAAGGUAUAAUACCUAA